AUGCAAAACCCCAAAAAGUGGUACCUCCUCCUCCUUUCGCCUCCCCCUCCAAUAGAUCAAAACCAGACUCGAUCAAAGAAAAGGAGAGUUAACAACAAACCAAAGAAAAGGAGACAUAAUAGUAGAUCGAAGAAGGAGAAAUCAAUUUCUUUCCCUUCCAUUUCAUCCCCAAGAAACGACGAGGAUUAUGGGUACAAUUUCGAUCGAAGCGGAUUCCUGAUAAAUGAUUUGAUAAUAUGGAAUGAUGUCGCAAAAUCAACCCUCUUCGGUUCAGUCUAUUUCUUAUCUUCAUGUUUCACAACAUGCAUUAGCUUUAGGGAGGAGGAAGAUGGGGCAAAGGUGGUGAGAGUUGAGAACCUAAACAACCCAUACCAAAGCGAGAGCAACCAUGACCGAUUCAAACUAACACUAAACAAGUUGUAUGCAUGGAGCUUAGUAGAAUAUGAAAGAGUGAUCAUGCUCGAUGCCGACAAUCUUUUCCUUCAAAAUACAGAUGAGUUGUUUCAAUGUGGCCACUUCUGUGCAGUCUUCAUCAACCCUUGCAUCUUCCAUACCGGCCUCUUUGUUUUGCAGCCAUCAUCAAAGGUAUUUAAGAAGAUGUUACAUGAUCUAGAUAUUAAAAGAGAUAAUCCAGAUGCAGCCGAUCAAGGCUUUAUUGGAGGUUACUUUCCAUGUCUUCUUGAUCAGCCCAUGUUCCAUCCACCACCUAAUGGCACCAAACUUGAUGGUACUUUUAGACUCCCAUUGGGCUACCAAAUGGACGCUUCUUAUUAUUACCUGAAAUUGAGAUGGAGUGUACCAUGUGGGCCAAAUAGUGUCAUCACAUUUCCUAGUGCACCAUGGCUGAAGCCUUGGUACUGGUGGUCAUGGCCCGUUUUACCACUAGGCAUCCAAUGGCAUCAACAACGUCAACAGACUUUAGGGUACGAUUCAGAGAUGCCUGUUGUACUAAUCCAAGGUCUAGUUUACCUAGGAAUUAUAGCAAUCACCCAUUCGGCACGCCCAAGCUGGCUUAGCAAGUUAUGGUAUCGUGGUGGUGGAGAUAAGAAUAUGAUGAUAAGCAUAAUCAUAAUCCAGAGUAGAAGCUUGAUUAUUAUAAAAGCGGUGGUGAUGUUGUCAAUUACGAUGACAUCAUACCUGGUCCCAUUUUUGGUAAUCCCUCAUACGAUCCAUCCAAUUAUAGGGUGGGGGACAUACUUACUAGGGUCGUUUGCUCUCUCAUGUAUAGCCAUCAAGAUGUUUCUUCUUCCGGUGGUACCUGUGUUGACCCCUUGGGUAGGGAUAAUUGGUGUUCUUUUGGUCAUGGCUUGCCCCUGGUAUAAUGAUGGUGUUGUGAGGGCAUUGUUUGUUUUUGCAUAUGCUUUUUGUGCUGCACCAGUUUUGUGGAUUUCUUUAGGGAAAAUUGUAUCAUCACGCCACACUAUUUCACUUGAAAGGGAAGGUUUCUUGCCGAGUAGACUCGUUGACCCAACUCAGCCUUCUGAUCCUUUUAAUAAAUUAUAUUGA